CGAAAUCCCGUCACGAUGCGUGCCUCGGCCCAGCUCGGUCUAUCGCUAGGCCUGUCGCUUGUUCAAGCUCAGGAUCUGAGCCAUUUUGUGUUGCCAGAUACCGGCGCUAUCAACGGAGGCAACACGUUCCCCGGCGUCAGUUUGCCGUUCGGAGUGGUGAAGCUAGGUCCCGAUUUGUAUACCGGAUCCGAUAGCUACUCCGGGUACCAGCCGACCGGCAAAUUCAUCGGCUUCAGCCUUCUGCACGAGAGCGGCACCGGAGGCGCCCCUAAAUAUGGAGUCGUUGCGCAAAUGCCCGUCCUCGGCUCCGUCGACAACCCCUUAACCGACCAGGGGGUCAACCGAAGCAAGGCCGACGACAUACGACUAGGCUACUACAAGUCAAACAUGUUUAAUGGCAUUACCAUCGAACUGGGAGCGACAACCAAAGCCGGCUUGUAUAGAUACCAAUUCCCGGAAGACGCCGGCGCCGCAAAUGUCAUCGUUGACGUCUCUCACGUUCUUCCGUCCUACAGAGGCCAGGGCCUGGGCCAAAACUACUUGGGCGGCAAUAUCUCAGUGGCUGCAACAGAUGCUGGCUUCCGCUACCAGGGGUCAGGAUCUUAUGACAACGGCUGGAACCGGGCGCCGAAAUGGACGGUACAUUUCUGUGGAUAUUUCGACCGGCCGGCAACGUUCAAAACAUUCCUCGGGAAAGGUGCCACUGGCGAGGAUCUGGACGAAUAUGGCGAUGCGACCACACAGGAGUCCGAGGCUCGACUAGGAGCUAUUUUCACUUUCAACAGCACAGCAGUCACCUCAAGAGUGGGAGUGUCCUUCAUCUCGCCCGAGCAGGCGUGCGAAAACGUAGACAGGGAGAUCCCCGCAGGAACUCCCCUCGAAACUCUAGAGGACAAUGUGAAGUCCGCCUGGAAUAGUCAGGUGCUGUCGAAGAUCACCACGACAGACACGUCGAACACCACGAAGCUACAACUCCUCUACUCAUCCUUGUAUCACAUGACCCUCAUCCCCACCAACAAGACCGGAGAGAACCCGUUAUGGUCGUCAGACGAGCCUUAUUACGACGAUAUCUUCACGUUUUGGGAUCUGUUCAGAUGCACAACGGCUCUAAUGCAUAUCUUGCAACCCGUAGUCUACGAAGAAUUCGUCCGCUCUCUCGUCGACAUCUGGAGACACGAUGGUUUCCUGCCUGACGGGAGGUCCUCAUUCUUCAACGGUGCUACGCAAGGUGGCUCUAACGCGGACAAUGUGCUUGCCGAUGCUUACGUGAAGGGCGUCCGUGGCGCCAUCAACUGGGAAGACGCAUUCGCCGCUAUGGUCACGGAUGCUGAGGAGGUACCUCCGAACAACAACGAUCCGAGAGAUAGGUCCUCGUCGACGAAGGAGGGACGUGGUGCCUUGCCCGACUGGAAGGACCGCGGCUUCAUCACCACCAAGUACCGCCGUUCGGUGAGCCGAGCCAUCGAAUACGCGGGGAAUGACUUCGGUCUCUACCAAGUGGCGAAGGGGCUAGGAAAGGACGAAGAAGCAGAGAAGUAUCUCAACCGGUCGCGCAACUGGCGCAACCAGUGGAACCCUAACAUGGAGGCGUUGGGAUUCAUGGGUUUCCUCGGCCCCAUUGACGAGGAUGGCAACUUCAUCAAUCAGGACCCGCUCAGCUGUGGAGGUUGCUACUGGGGUGAUCACUACUAUCAGGGUUUGCCGUUCGAAUACUCGUUCAAUGCUCACCACGACGUGAACAAGUUGAUUGAGCUUAGCGGUAGUUCCGAUCGCUUCGUCGCGCGGCUCGAGAAGUUGUUUGAGGGCGGCGUGAGCUCUGGCAAUUCGCAGUUCAACCGGACCCUCUUCAACCCGGGCAACGAGCCGAGCUUCACGUCUCCCUACCUAUUCAACUUCGUCGGACGACAGGACCUGAGCGUCAAGCACAGCCGCCACGUCGCCCGCAGCUACUACGCGCCGACGUCCGCGGGCCUGCCGGGCAACUCGGACGCCGGCGCCAUGGAGUCGUGGGUCCUGUGGUCGAUCAUCGGCCUGUACCCGAUCACGGGCCAGACGACGUUCCUGAUCGGGUCGCCGUGGUUCCGCGACCUGGCCAUCGACCUCGGCGACGGCAAGAAGCUCGUCAUCACGACGGCGGGCGGCGCCGAGGACGCCAUCUACGUGCAGUCGCUCGACGUCAACGGCGAGAGCUGGGACAAGGCGUGGGUCGCGUGGGAGGACGUCUUCGCCAACGGCGGCACCAUGCACUUCGUGCUCGGCCCCGAGCCCGCUGACUGGGCGACCGGCGCCCCGCCCCCGAGCCCGGCCACGGAGCCCCCAAGCUCGGAGGACACGGAGCCCCCGAGCUUGGACACGGCGGAUGAUGGACUCCCUACGGGCAGCGGACAUGCUCGGUGGAUAAAACGCGAGGGAGACGGAAGAGGCGACCGGUUUCGGAUAUAUGCAUACGUCGCCAUGUUCUUUUCCUUCCUGCAGUGGACGUGA